UUAAAGUAGAAGGGGAUGUCGCAUUGGCAUUUCAGUAGCGGUAUGUAAAGACGUCGGAUCUGAAGUGAACAGUCUUACCGGUUAUUUCUUCUAGCGAACGUUUGAAUAAGCAAGGUGAUUCAUUUACAGGUACAGGUACUGUUUAUGAGACGAGGAAGAUAUAUAAUAAUAGAUCUAAUGAACAGAAAAUAAAGCUUGCGUGAUGCUGUGAUUGCCAUCCAAUUUACAGCUUUCACUGCAUGUUAUAAAUAAGGGACAUGCGUCAGCGGGAAUAUACACGGCUUUUGCGCCGCAAACAGCGCAGUGACAGACAACUGUGACAAGAAACUCGGAUCAUCGUUGACAAAUGCCGAUAUCUUCAGCAGAUUCAUCCACUAGGGGCAAGUGAAAGGAGCGCUAAAAUAGACGUCUUGGGCAACCACACUCUCGAGCAAAACGCUUUACAAUUUGCUUUCGCACCCAGCAGGAUCUGGUGUUAAUGAUGCAAAAAAGAAGUAAAAAACAAAACGCCUAGAUCCGGUGUUUUUAUGAAGUUUGAUUAGAAGCGUGCUGAUGAAAUAGGAAACUUGAAGCUAAUAACCGCGAGGAGAUCUGAUGAUGAACACGGAGGCAGCUGCGCUAAGCUUACAGUGUCUGACGUUAGCUAAAAGCCUCCCUGCCAAUCGUUGCAAUCGGAUGAAAGGUAUCCGUAUCCUGACGAGAGCAAGCUUAAGGAUAUUGAAAGGGACAUGCAUCAUACGGUGGCCAAAUUAAAGUAUCUAACUUCAAAGGCUGUAAAGUUUUUAAAAACAGUCCUCGAGGAUUACAAAUAAUUAAUUGUAAGCCGCAGUUAUUUUGAACGCUCCGGCCUAAAAUAAGCAGCAGUCUGACGAAUGGCGACUUAAAUGAAACCAGCAGCAUUCAGGGGGCAAAUGACGCUGAUAUCUUUAACAUGUUAGCUGAAUGGAAUGCCACAUUUAGACUACGAAUGCUUGCAUGGGCACUUAAAUAAUAAACCAGAUUGAAUGGCGGACUAGUGUACGGCAGCAUCAAACAGAUUUCAAACAUCGACCAAAAAAGUGGGAUCAGUUGGAGGAGAUUUUCAGACGCUGAACUACUUAAUCUUGAAGAUCUAGCUGCCGGCCAAUUUCCAAAAAAAAAAAGUAGCAUCAAAACUGCUGGAUCGACUACCAACACGCUAACCAAAGCGUUCUGACAUGAUUAUAUACAAUAUGACUGCAAUUAUUAAAAAAACGAGGUGCUAACAAUGCACACGCGUAACAGUAGAUAUUUAUAAACUGAAUGACGUUGUUGAAUCAGAAUGACAUGGCGGUGUUUAAAGUGGCAUAAAGGAUAAAAGAUAUUCAAAUCUUCAAACAAUCCAACGAAUCAGACUGUUAGGCAACGUCACAAUUAGCGUUGUACGUGUUGUCUUUUGAGACAUUGAGGCAUAUUUCUACAUUUAAUCGUCGAACAUCGGCAACGUGGCUCAGUGUUGCGUCUGGCUUGGCACUCUUCUUGUUUCACGGAUAGCCAUGAACAGCACUAACGUCACGGUUGAGGAUGGACCUUCAUUCUAUGAAGUGGGAAUGCCAGCCAUUCUGAUAACAAUAUGUCUUGUUGGGAUCGUUGGGAACGCUUCGGUAAUCUACGUGGUGUGCCGGAACAGACAGAUGAACGUUUUGUUCAUGAAUCUCGCUAUUGCAGACCUCUUAUUCAACGUAUUCUGCAUCCCCAUUCGAGCGGCUCUGUUUGCGACGUCGUACCAGCUCCGCCUUGGGCGCUUUCUCUGUAAGACUUCAACCUACGCUACCUACGUCAGCAUGGGAGUGAGCAUAUACUCCCUCGUCGCCAUUUGUGUUCUACGCUUUGCAGGGAUUAAGUACCCUUUGCAUCUUCGCCAAAUGUUGGGCCGGACAACGGCAUACAAAGCUAGCAUAGCCGCAUGGGUCGUUAUGCUCGUGCUCAACAUCCCGUUGUUGGUCCUUUACGGAGAGGACUCCGAGUACAAUUGCAGUAUCAUCUAUAAAGGACAGUGGGUGUACGAACUGUAUGUCUCCGUCACCUUUGGAAUUGACUUCGCUCUUCCUGCCGUGAUUGUCGCCAUCUUGUCCACACUCAUCGUGGUGCAGGUGUGGACAAUCCGCGACGAGAGCCGAAGUCUUGGCAUCUCAACCGUUAAAUCUGACGGAUUUUACCGCGCCUCUAAGCGCGCCAGUAAGCGCCUCAUGAUUCUGGUGAUUUUAGUGUUUAUGAUUUUCAUAGUAUGUUGGGGACCGCUCCACGCGCUGUUUCUGUGGAAUGUCCUGCGUAUGGACGAACACGGGAACGCCAGGCCCGAUACGAGACCGAACCAACUGAAGCAAUUAACUGAAUACAUACAGACAGCGGCAAUUAUCCUUGCCUUUGCAAAUUCGAGCGUUAACCCAAUUUUAUACAACUUUGUCUCAAAGGAAUUCCGGUUGGCAUUCAUAAGAGCACUGUGGCCGUGCCGUAGACAUGCUUUGGCAAUUGGGAAUUCAAGCACUAAAAGAACCAGCAUGUCUUACAGAUCUAAACAGCGUUUGUCGGAUGAUAGCGAGAACGAACCGCUACCUUUGAAACAUUUCCAGGGUAAUAACAGCAUGGAUUAACUUCUCCUCGCAUAAAGCUAUGUAAUCCGUUUCUGCAGAUUUUCUUGUUCUAGCAAAUCUGUAAAUUUGAGAAAGGCAAUGUGUUGAUGCGUUGGCUUACAUGUUCUUUUUUUCACUUUUUUCUUCGUACUCCUUUGGUCACUUGAUGGGCGCUUGAGGCUUCACCGCAAGUAAAAUGCACCGCCUUAUGCAGAGAUUGUCGCGACGUUGUAAUAUGGGAAACUAAAUUCAUUAGAUACUGGUAAUGGAUUUUGUCAAGAAUAAAAUCUUUGGCUUGUGUAAAAUUUGCCAGGAAAAGACCGUGUAGGAGCCAGGAAAAUGAAAAAAAAGUGCACUCCGUGAACAGACUGAUUUGGGCUAACGCUAAUACAUGUAAUUGUAUUUGACAAUUGAACAACGCUGGGAUCGUUGGAGCUGACGAAAACCCUUUGAGCUGUCAAUUCUGCCUCUGAGAUUUAAAUCUGUUGCGGUCCUUGUAGGGGACAGAGAUGGAAAUCCACUUGAUUUUGGUUCGUCUGGCUCGUUAUACCGUUUUUCUCUUAGGGAGAGAAGGGAGGGGGGAGGAUUGCCCAAGAAGCCGAUUGAGAGUCACGUGAACGUCGUGCCC